AUGGCUGAUCAAUGGCUCCUUCUAUCAAUGGUUUAUGGGCCAGUGAUUCCCUUGAUCAGUCAGGUUCCUCGGUUGUGGAGUGUAUGCCUCCCAAGUCAUGCAGAUGAGGAGCUCUUGAAUCAGCAAGUUGCACUGAUCACAUGGAUGGAGGCCAAGAAAGUUUUACAGGCAUCUCUGAAGAUGGACAAGAAGAAUACCCUAGCUGAAGCAAAGAAGAAAGGGAAGGAGGCUUAUGCAGCUGAAAAGGCAUGCAUUACGAAUGAGAAGGCUGUGGCAGCUGAAGCAAAGAGGGUUGCUAAGCUGCAUGCAGCUGCAGUGAAGCAGGCUGAAAAAGCUAGGCUUUCAGCAGAGAAGAAGGCAAAAACUAUGCAAAGGAAGUCUACAAAAUGGAAAGCAGGGUUGCAGGUAGUAGAGGACCUACCUGAGGGUCAAGUUCGACCUCCUCCACCCCCACCAGCAUGUCAGCAGACCACCAUUUUGGAUGAAGUAUCCCCCCAACCUGAUGAUGAUGUGGACCUCAAGUUCUCCUAG